CAGGGCAACAAAAACAACAAGGAAACGAAAGCUUGCAGUUUGUACCCCAGUAGACAGCGAAGACCAGGGGCAGCAAACAAGAAAGAGUGAUAAAACACAACGAUCACAAUGCAACUAGCACUAGAAUAGCGCCGAGGAGAAGGCUUUGAAAAAAAAAACACAUGAAGACAACAUUCAUUUAUGAAUAACUAGAAUGGAAGGUCAAUAAACUCUUGCUAUCAGCAACUGAACCGAAGAAGGAAAAGACCAGAAAAAGGUGUUGCUUAGUUUUAAACUAAGCGACGUUGCACAUAAACAAAUGCGCAGCGCCCUGUAAGGCAAUGCACAGUUUCACUCGGUUUAGAGGAUAAACAGUAUAUGCAUGGUGUUAUUAUUGUACUACAAAUAACUAUUGAAUGCAAGAUGAGUGUGUUGGAAGUUGAGGACCAUAUUUCUCAGAAGUAUGAAAUAAAGAGAAGACUGGGGAAAGGGGCCUAUGGAAUCGUGUGGAAAGGAAUAGAUCGGAAGACUGGGGAGAUCAUUGCUGUGAAGAAAAUUUUUGACGCUUUCAGAAACAGGACAGAUGCCCAGAGAACGUUCCGGGAAAUAAUGUUCCUUCAGGAGUUUGGAGGGCACCCCAACAUUAUCAAACUGCUGAAUGUCAUCAAAGCUCAGAAUGACAAGGACAUCUACCUGGUCUUUGAGUACAUGGAGACGGACCUGCAUGCAGUGAUUAAGAAAGGUAAUCUGCUGAAGGAUGUUCACAAGCGUUACAUCAUGUACCAGCUGCUGAAAGCCACCAAGUUUCUGCAUUCGGGUAACGUCAUCCACAGGGAUCAAAAGCCCUCCAAUAUCCUGCUGGAUACAGAUUGCUUUGUGAAGCUGUGUGACUUUGGCUUGGCUCGCUCGCUGUACCAGAUCCAGGAGGAUUCUGGGAACCCUGCUCUGACGGAGUAUGUGGCCACACGGUGGUAUCGCGCGCCAGAGAUUCUCCUCGCCUCCUCCUCAAGGUAUACAAAGGGAGUUGACAUGUGGAGUGUGGGCUGUAUCCUGGGAGAGAUGCUGCUGGGAAAGCCUCUGUUCCCCGGCACGUCCACAAUCAACCAGAUCGAGAAGAUCCUGAGUGGAAUUGCUCCUCCCUCCAAUGAAGAUGUGGUUUCAAUAAAAUCAGACUACGGUACAUCAGUUAUACAGAAAAUGCUGUCUCGGCCACGGGUUCCCCUGGAGACACUGCUUCCUCCCUCAGCCCCCCCAGACGGCCUGGAUCUUAUGAGCAGGCUGCUGGUGUUUAACCCAGACAAGCGUCUCACUGCAGAGAAGGCUCUGGAGCACCCCUACGUGCGCAGUUUCCACAACCCUGCGAAAGAGCCCAGCCUGGACUAUGACGUGGUUCUCCCUGUGGAUGACGACACACAGCUCUCUGUGGUAGAGUAUCGCAACAAGCUGUACGAGAUGAUCUUGGAAAGGAAGUCAAGCCUGCGACUCCAGCUCAGAGCUCGGCUAAAGGAGGGGGUUGCAGAGGGCAAACAUGAGGAAGAGAACAAGGGGACCCAGCCUGCCGCUCCUAAACCUGCCCCAGCACCAGCAGCUGCAUUGCCCCUGCCUGGGGCUCAGCCACAGGGAGAGAAACCUGGGACCAGCCAUGCCACCUGUCCCAGAGCAAACAAGGCUGCAUACAACCCUAUCACACACAGCCCAGCAUCCUACCCUGUCACACACAAUGGUACCAGACCUACCCAGAAUCCCCCAGGGCCCCCUCACCAGCACAGCACCUCAGCGAGCAGGAAGAUAGCCCACCAAGUGAGCCACGAGAACAUGGGAGCACAACCACCAGCAGCAGAGAGCUCGACAGGGGCCUGUAGUCAACCAGCUGGGAGAGGGGUAGAGCAGCAGCGAGGCCGGACAGCUCCCAUUGCUCGAGCGCGCUCCUUUAACAACCCCCAGAGUCACUGGAACAUUCCCCUCGUCAGGAAAGACGAGCCGGACAUCACUGCAGGGGUCACUGUGGCCACGGCACGCCUGAACCAGAGGUCCCAUUCACAAACGAGAGAGGCCCGCCCUGCCCCCAAGUUCAGUAAGAAGAUGUUCCAGUCCACCUCAAAUGUAGGGGCCGCCGGAGAUCCCAGAGCCAAGCUGGGCAGCUACUCACAGGCCUACGGGACCAUUAGCAAAACUGGACUGCAAAACCUGCUCCGUGCCCCAAGCAACCAGUAGUGUCUGUAAAGAGACAGCAAUGAGAAGUAACAGCUGGGGGAGUAAAACCAGCAGCAAAAAUGAAUUUACCCUGUAAAGAGACUGCAAUGAGAAAUAACAGAUGGAGAAUCAGAGAUUAUCUUGGGGCAAUAAAACCAGCAGCAAAAAUUAAUUUACCCUGUAAACAGCAAGAACACUGUUGCAAACAAUGGCUAGGGAAAUCUAAGAACAUCCUGGGGGAGUAAAGAUAGUUUUACUGCAGGUAUUGCUGAUCAUAAGUUAAGGGCUAUUGCUGAAAUGCUUUGCACUAGAGUGAGCACCAAGACGCUGUGGCAGUAGGCUUCUUAAUUCUUUUUUUAGGUCAAAAGGGCCCUGAAUAUGCCUGUAUUUAAUUCAGUAAUAAUUAGAUUGACAGGGUUCGGGGUUACCAAAAAAAUUGUAAAUUGGGGGGCAAAAUGCACAUUUAUGCAAUCCAUAGUGGAACAGUAUGCAUCUGGAUUAAUUAAAUAUGUAAUGGAAAAUAUGCUCAUCAAAUCAAAACAAAUAUUGUUCCCUCUCUGUUUUUAUAACCUCUACAUUACCUGAUUUUACCUAUCAGCAAAAGUGCCUUAAAAAAAUCUUAUGGAAUGUAAAAAGUGACUUAAUAUAUGAAUACUAUUAUUUAUAUAUGGCCUUUAUCUGCCUUGUUGUUUGUAUUGAUACCAUCAAGAUCGUUAACUAGCAGGUCUUUCCAGUUGUCUUUUGGAUUGAGAAUAGUUUUAUGUUUUGACAUUGUUAAAAGUCACAAUAUAUUUUAAUUUGACCUGUACACUGUUGUGGAACAAUAGUGCUGUCACAGCAGUCAGGGGGUGCUUAUAAUGGGAUCUGAAGAUGCCUGUCCUGCAAGCAUUUAUUCCAAGCUGAAAUAUUCCGAUCUCUCUUUCCUCUAGUCUGAUCAAUGCAGUAGAAAGCUUUCAGAGACCAGAUUUAUCCCUUCCUCACAGCGGUCUUUCCCAUAUCCUCUGAACUGAGUAGAACAUUUGUUCUCUUGUCACUGCAGCUCAGUGGCUGUCUGGGCAGCUGUCCAUGCUUUAGCUUAAUGCAGUGUCACAAGAAGCAAAAGAAUACCUACUAAAGAACAAGAUGUCCUGUAACAGACUGAGUAAAUAUACAGUUGUGUUUGGAGCUUGGGUUUUAAACUCUUGUUUUCAUUCAGUGCUUGGAUUACUGUAUUUAGAAACAAACUAACAAACAUCCUGGCUGUUCAGGAGCAAGGCUAUUUCAUCGUAAAAUAUGUGUAAAUAAAAUAGUUUUCUAAAUCCCGGAUUCCAAUUGUGAAUUAAAUUAAGCCCUUAACGAAGCGCUCCUUGCGAAAUCAACUGAACACACCCAAGUUCUUUUUUCCCUAAGAUAAGGGAGAAUGUAUCCUUAGAGAGUAAAUAGUAGGGUUCCGAAAUUUAUAGCGUUAUACAUCCCCCACAUGCUGCUACAGCUGUUUAAAUAUAGCAUUAUACAUCCCCCACAUGCUGUACAACUGUUUAAAUAUAGCGUUAUUGUUAUUGCUGUGUGACCUGUUAGAGAAUGUGGGCAACAAUCACAACACUAUCAGUGCACUGGGGCGGCCAUUUUGAAAAGAGCUUUGAAACAGAGUUUAAGUGUAAAAAUGUGUCAG